AUGGCAGCCACUAUGGUGACAUACCCGUACAACGAUCCGACUAUCGAUCAGCCCCAGAGGGACUAUCUGAAGAAGCUGGCCGACUUCGCUGAAGAUCAAAACCUGUCCGAGGAUCUCCGUCCAUAUGUACGAGCGAUUACGAUCGCCUUCACUGUGUUUGCUGCAUUUGUGGUUGGGUUAAGGUUCAUGGCUCGUCACCUGCAGGGUGCGAGAUACCUCAAAGAUGACUACACGAUGUUGUUCGCUCUAGUGAUAUUGAUUGGAAACAUGAUCAUGAAUCUCAUCCUGGUUGAUGCUGGUAUUGGACUGCAUUCAGGUCGCCUCACACUAGAACAGCUGCAGUUUCUCGACAAGACCAUGAUCGGUGCCGAGAUUCUGUACGUCAACGGAGUCAACGUAUACAAAAUAGCGCUGCUGUUGCUGUACCUACGCAUCUUUCCAAUGCGAGAAGUCCGCAAGGGAGCAUGGAUAUGUGGCAGUUUGACAUCGCUCUGGACGCUUGCUUGCGUCGUCGCCGCCUCGAUACAGUGUCUUCCUUUGAACACGCUAUGGGAACCGUGGAAGCCCGGUACUUGCAUCAACCUCUUCUUGACGCAACUUGCCAUCGCUGUGCCGAGCAUCAUUGUCGACAUUGCGAUUCUCUAUCUUCCGAUACCCCACGUGUUGAAGCUCCAGAUGAAUAGAGCUCAACGGAUCCUGGUCCUCUUUACUUUCCUGCUGGGAAGCUAUGUCGUGUUCUGUAGUGUCUACCGCUUCAGAAUUUUCUUGCUAUACACGAAAAACGAUGUUCCUUACUCAUUGGCUCAAGGCCUGGCCUGGAACAUCAUUGAAAUCAGCAGUGGUAUCGUGUCUGCAUGCUUGCCGACUCUUGGUCCAAUCGUACGUGUACUCUGGAAGGGUCUCCUUGAAUCCGCUCAACGAAGUGGUCUGGAUAAGUACGCCCAGUCGUCCUCCAACAAGAAGUCGACAGGAAGGUCAGCAGGCAUGACCAUCGGCGGCGGACGAUCCGGAAACGCCUCUCAUGCAAGGGAUGGCUCGAAAGACUGGUCCAAGCUUCCCGAAGCCAACGCCAAACCGAACUUCCGGGAGGAGUCCAAGUACGGCAUCGGCCUUCGCACAAUGGGUGGAGGCGACGAUGACCGUAGCUCUCGUAGCUCAAAUGACGUCGAGCUGAUGCCUCAAAGCACGGUCAGCGUAACCGUGCGGAGCCCAGCCAGGGACAACUUUCCCGAGCAUGAAGCGGGUGUGAGUGCGCGAGAGCACUACCACGGGAAGAAGAUCUCUAAAGAAAGCAACUCUGGGUAUCCUCACUCAGAUAACAGGAUAUGGCAGCAUCGCGAGGUUGAGAUAACGACGGAGCCGGUAGAACCGGAGUCUGUCUUGCCGGAUUUUAACAGGAAAAGGAAGUCGGGGAUAUGA